AUGACUUUUAAGUCAAGUCAACAGUUCAAUUUAGUUUUUAUUAUUUAUUUCUUUAGUUUGAAAAUCCUCAUGAAUACGGAUGGGGAUCGAUAAAGCCCAAGCCCACUUAUAUUUCAAAGCCCAAAAAGUAAAUCUCCACUGUAAAUAAUCAAAUCACUCGUCGACGAGCAGCAGAGUAACCCUAGCAGCAGACACACACACACACAGCUCACCAGAAGAGAGGAGUCUAAGUCGCCGCCGCCGAGCAAAGAAGAUGACUUUCAAACGCAGGAACGGAGGGAGGAACAAGCACAACCGUGGGCACGUGAAGCCAAUCAGAUGCUCCAACUGCGGCAAAUGUUGCCCAAAGGACAAGGCCAUCAAGAGGUUUAUCGUGAGGAACAUUGUGGAGCAGGCUGCUAUUAGAGAUGUUCAGGAAGCUAGCGUAUACGAUGGGUACACAUUGCCUAAGCUGUAUGCUAAGACGCAGUACUGUGUCUCCUGUGCGAUACACUCUCACGUUGUUAGAGUUCGUUCCCGCACCAACCGCAGAGUUCGUACUCCCCCGCCUCGUUUUGUUAGACGCAAGGAGGAUGCUCCCAAGCCUGGACAACCUGGUCAGGCUCCUCGUCCUGCUGGAGCUGCAGCUGCCCCGCGUGCCUGAAGCCUCUGAAUAUCCCUUGUUUCAGCUUUUUGAAGUUUUAUGUUUGGUUCAGAUUGAUCGUACUAGUACCAAUAUGUGAAUCUCGAAAGCUGUUUUAGUAGUGUUCUUGUUUCGACUUCGUUAUAUUUAAAACACUUUGUUUGUUUUCUCGAAGUCAUGAUUUGUUUUAACAAUAAAUCUUCAAAUAA